AUGGGGAUCUUUCUGGACGAGCCCAAGUUCCCGGUGAUCGAUCGCACGCCGUCGUUCGGUCGCACGGUUGGUAACUUCACGUUCAGCGACUACAAAAACGUCGCCACGUUCACCGCCGUGUCGCUACCGUUCGGUUACCUCGCAGGUGGAAGUGCCAACCUGAGGGGGCCCAGCAUGUACUGUGCGGGUAUCCUCGGGCUGAUGGGGGGAUUCAUGUACGCGUACCAGCAGUCUUCUGGGAGGCUCAUGGGCAUGUUCCCGAACAAGUGGGAGGUGGAUCGGGAGAAGUGGAGCAACUAG